AUGCAGUCGAUGUUUCCCAUUCGCACGGCUGUCCGGCAUCUCUCAACUGGAUCGUCGUCAGCAGCUCUGCAGCUGGUGGCCAUGCAUUUCCAUCACAUCUACAACGCACGAAAGAAGGACGCCAUCACGUCACUGGCAGAUGAGCACGGCUUGACAGGCGUCUAUCUCUUCGGCAAGCCGGGGCGCGUCAUUAUCGAGGGCGAAGAGGCGCGUGUGCAGCAGUGGGUGAGAGAGAUCAAGCAGCUGAGGUGGCAGCAGGCCGUGAUGAGGGUCAGGGUUGCCAUCACUCGUCGGCAUUUCGGCGACUUUGGUGAGGCUGACAGCGAGCGGGACUUGGCUAGACGGAUGGAGAGUGCGGGCUUGGCGGACAUCUAUCAGUGCUUCCAUGAUCUCGAUGCGAUUACUGCUGUUGAAUCGAGGACAUGUUGA